AUGCCGACAUAUCGGAUUGAGGAGGCCAGCACGAGCAGGGCCGGGUGCAAGAACAAAGAAUGCCAGGAGAAAAAAGAGAAGAUCUUGAAGGGAGAAUUACGCCUCGGUACUUGGGUUGACACUGAGAACUUUCAGAGCUGGGCUUGGAAACACUGGGGCUGUGUCACUCCACGACAGAUUGCAAGCAUCCAAGAGAUAGUGGGCGAUGAAAGGGACUGUACUCUGAUCGACGGAUAUGAUGAAAUUUCCGUCGACAAUCAAGAAAAAUUCCGUGAAGCUGUUGCGCAAGGACAUGUGUCUGACACAGAUUGGAAGGGGGACGUGGAAGUGAAUCGCCCGGGAAAAUCCGGAUUCCGGGUUCGAGUUUCCAAGGAGAAAAAGGAUACCUACGACGAUGCUCCUCAGAAGGGUAAUCGCACCGGGAGAAAAAGGGCUGUUGAAGAGUUGAGCGAGGAAGAAGCUGAGCCAGCUCCAAAGAAAGCGAAGACAGCUAAAGCGGAAAAGGCUGCAAAGACUGCAAAACCUCCCAAGCGCAAGAGCAUCGCUGCGGAUGCGGGUGGGGUGGAUGACAGCAAAACCGAGCAACUCACGAGCCCUAGGGGAAAGCCGACCAAAGGACGAAAGAAGAAAGGUACGGACGAAGCUCCCGCUAAAGAGGAAACUUCCCCUACAUCAAAGGCUCGAGGUCGACGGCUUAAACCCAAAACAUCUAAGGCUGUAGAAGUUGAAAAUUCCAUAGCCCCUGACACCACCUCAGUAGAGGCUGCCGGGGAGACUGUUAGGAAGAAUACCAGAAGGACCCGUUCUGGACGAAAGACUGGUUAG